AUGCGCCGGGUGCCUCAAACUUCAGGCAUAACGUAUUGUGGUGGAUACGUGCCUCCGAUUCAUGUUGGCAUUCGUCGUGUGAUUCAGUCCAGCCAGAGUAAGGGCCUGCGGAGUGUUCUGGAUCAGUACGAGGAUUUUAGACUGGUGCAGCAACUCCGCAAGAACGGGCAGGGUAAUUACUACCGUUACCAGCAGAGGCUGUGGUCAUCGACAGAGGCGUUGGAGCGUUCCAUGACCGAGCGGCUCUACAGCUCCACAGAGCGUUCACCACUAGCGCUGCUACCGCAACCAAAACGGGCAGGUUCUAAUCGCACGUUUAUCCUCGAAGGGCAUGGUGCAACGGCGCUGCUAGAAGCCACAGAAGCGACGCUCGCUCAGAAUGCUGAAGAAACAGCAGAUGAAAGCGUAAUAUCAAAUACUCCUUUGAAUAACAUGGAGGAAUUGCUCGCUGAGCAGCUGUGUGCCGACUAUCAAAAGGGCAUUGGAAGUAAGAUCAUUACUGAAACUGAUUUAGAGGGCACGGUGAUGGAAUCUCUUCGUGAGCGUACUAGACACGUUAUUGAAGAGGACCUUGCGGUUAACGCUUUGGUAUCCUCAUCUUCGUCAUCCUUGCCUGCAGCAUGGAAUUCGCGUCGCAAGUUGCCGUCAGCAAAGGACGAGGGAGGUGUGGCGUGGUUUUCUCUUGGAUUGGACCCGGUUCUGAGUGACAGGGCGCUCGCCAAGUACGGCCCAGCACCUACACGUCUUCAGUGCCGUCUGCUUUUGGCGCUUCUACACGAGGAUCACAAUGAUGUUCUCUUUAAUGGGGUAACAGGAAGUGGCAAGACAAGUGGGCUCCUUCUUGCCUUACUGCAGUGUGUUCGAUCCGAAGCAGUGGGUCUCAACGUAUUUGUGGCAAAAGACAUGCUGACGGCAUUGCAUGCACACAGUCAGCUUCGAGCAAUUUGUGGUUCCUUGGGAGGGACAGUGGUGGACCGUCCGCGGGAUGAUUGGUCGUGGAUGUAUCUAGGGGCCCAUCGAGAUGGUUAUGAGACGUACUACCGCGCGCUUCAGCGUUCAUUGCAGAGUGAUCAUGGUCCAGUGCGCAUCUUCAUUACAACCGCAGACACCAUGUGUGAGUUGUUGUUUGAAAAAAAGAUGGAGUUUGAGGCCUUUGGUUACUUGAGACGUGUGUACGUCGAUGAUGUUGGCGUACAAAUACCCAUGCUGCCACCUAGUGCUCCAGUGACGAAGGUGCGGGAACGUUUGAGGAAUCCACUAGCUUGCGAGUUGCUCGUGGGAACACUGCAUCAACUUCCAGGGCCGCACAUUCGUUCUAUCUUACAGCUUGGAUUUGUGUCGGCUGAUAUGGAUGAGCAUCUCAAGGACCAUUUAAAAGCACUCUGUGUGAAACUUGAGCGGCACACCAUUGUUCUCUCGUCUGUGUGUAUUCCUUCCACAAUUCACUGUCUUUUUAGCUUCUAUUUGUACCACGAGGAUGCCUACGCGUACCUUGUAAAACUAAUUUGGAAUGCCCGGAGCACCAUCCCCGGACGUGCCGUGAUAUUUAUUCGCUACGAGGAUGACCUGUUGCAGGUGCGCGCAAAAAUGCGCGGUCUUGGUAUGAAUGUCAAACUUUUUUCAGAGGUUUACCAUGAUGGUGAGUUUUGUGAGAAGUGGAAGUUUCUGCUUCUUCGGGAGUCUGAGGCGUUUGGCAUUGACAUACCACUUGUCUCUCAUGUGUUCAUCACUUUUUGUCCCCGCACGGCAUGCUCCUUUCAGCACAUGUGUGGUCGCACCGGUCGGCUAGGAAAUCUUGGCUGGGUCUACACUGUCACCGACAAGCGUGACGCCAAACGUGUGCGGGAGAUUGCCUCUCAGUUAGACGUGGAUUUCAGCAAUCACGUUGUCGAUGUCAAGCUCACGCAGGUUGAUGCAAAGGAUAUUGACCGUCAAACCAAGGAGUACGAGCUGUACGGUCUCGACCCUCAAUACGCAGUAAGGCAGCAUUAUAUUGUGCAAAGUGAAAAUCCUGAUAUGGCGUACCGAAGCCGCGAGUUUUUUAGCAAGCCUGCCCGGAGACAAUUUCAGCUGGAGGAUUACACACCAGUCCCCGUCCUACAUCGUCGCUUUAUCAACGCGAAGAAGCUCGCCACGGAUGUGAGCCGUGAUCCAAGCGUGGCGGUGUCACUUCAGCAACAGAACAUGCUUGACCAAAAGUUGCAACCAACCAAACGGCUGAAAUUUUUUCUCAAUAAAAAAAGCGGUAGAUACGGCACAUCUUUUUAUGGUGGGAAGAACAACAUUCCGGGUGGCCGAUGA